AUUGGAGGAGCUGACGAAUUAAACAGAGCAACUCAUCUCCUUCUCGAGAAUUUAUCAGACCGAAGGGGGAAGAAACUAAUUUGUCGGAGAGAAGGGGAGCUUCUGCGUAUUAAAAGCAUAACCCUUUCUAGAAAAAAAUGGCGGAAGAGCCACAGAAGGCGUCUUCUUCAUCAUUACAUCAACGUUCUUCCGACAAGAAACCGGAAGAUGCUGAGAUCAAGCCUCAGGAUCCGGAUCAUGGUGUUUCUCUAAAGUAUCCGGUUUUAUAUCCGGGUCUUGUUCCCGGGUCGAGUCCUGGACAGUACGAUGAACAAAUGAACCGUGGAGCUGGCAUCUAUGCGGUUCCUGUACAUCAGUUUGGAGGACAUGUGACGGGUCUUCCCUCAAACUAUCUCAUCCCUCUCACUUACAAUGUUCCCACAACUAGACCUAGCAAUGAGACUGAGGCUGGGGGAGAGAACCAAGCACAAGCCGGGCAGGGUCAGGUGCAGCAGCAACAACCUGCAGGUCAAAGGCAAGUGGUGGUACGGAGGUUUGAGAUUGCGUUUCAGCUUGACAUAUUCCUCAUACUCAAGCUUGCUGCUGUCAUCUACUUGUUCAACCAAGAUGGAUCAAGACAACGGCUUGCUCUUCUUGUGAUUUUCGCUACCGUAAUCUACUUAUACCAAACUGGAGCCCUUGCACCUUUUAUCCGAUGGCUAUCACAAGGUAUGCAUAGAGCAGCAGUACCACCACCUCGAGCUCAACGACCUGCUGCGAGAGCUGAUAAUGAUCCCGCAGCUGCAAUGCCACUAAACCAAGAUGCCGUUCCCGAGGGACAAGAGAACGAAGGUGGUGAUGGGAUUAGGGCAAACGGAAAUGAAAAUGUGGAUGGAGGACAAGGAGGGAAUCAGUGGUGGGGGAUAGUGAAAGAGAUUCAGAUGAUAGUUUUCGGCUUCAUAACUUCACUACUCCCUGGCUUCCACAACAUAGACUAGACUCUCUCUCUCAAACCUUCUUCAUGCUCUUACUCUGUCGUCUGUGAAAAGUACAUAUAAUUUUUAACUUUUGAGACUCGAAUUUUAGUUGAAUGUGCGCGCGCUGCAGUUUUCAUGUUUUUACCCUUUUGCUGCUGUUGACUUGUCCCAUUUCGACCAAGUUGGUCUUAGUCUUAGAUAUGUUCCCAUUUAA